AUGACUGCUACCAUGCUUACAAAGGGCCUCAAUAAGUUGUCUCUCAAUGGAAGCGACAAGGUUCCGUCGGAUCGAGACUUCAUCGACCAUCUCAACUACGAAGAACUCGAACGCAAAUUUUGUGUCUACAAGUAUUACCCACAAUAUAUCCAUAAUGUCGAGGCGCCAACCCCCAUGAUCAAGGAUUUGAUAUCUGAUAAGCCGAUCUAUGCCCAGGCAAAUCGCCACGUCAAGAAAAAGCAGCGCCAGGAACAAAAACACGAACGUAGAGAGGAGAAGCGGGCGUUGCGUGAAGAAAAGAAAGAAGAACGCAAGCAUAAUCGCGAGGAAAAACGGGAUCUUCGCCAGCAACAAAGGCAAGAAAGACGGGAAUUGCGCCAAGAACAACAGGUUCGUUCGAAGCAGCAGCAGGCAUACCCACGACACAUCACCAAUCCGAACUUGAACGGUAACUCAAACGGUAAUGCUGCUAACUCAAACGGAGCCAACUUGAACGGCGCAAAUGCCCAUCUAAACGAUGGUGCUUCCCAUGCUUCCAGUUCAAAUGGCAAUUCCAAUGCUGCUAGAUCCAAAGACGUUCACAUCCACAACCACAUCAACGUCAACGUCAUGGCGCCCAAAAUCGACGAGGCUGACGAGCUUACGUUCAGAAACCCUUUCGGGUCCAAACCGCCCACUUUCGAAGAGUCUCAGCUUCUGGCCAAGGAGUCGUCUGGCACGAAUCGGUCCCUGGUAAUUUCCACACGGAUGCGCCGUUCAAGUACCCAGUCUAGUAACAAGAGACACAAUUCAAUUGCUAGCAAGUUUGUCAACAUUUUAAUGGGUAAUUUGAGCUCAGGUGAGGAAACCCCAGGCUCUAAUGAUGACAACGAAUUACAUGUGUCGUCCAGUUACGAUGCUACAAAGUCUAAUAUGACCUCUUCUCGAAGCAAGAAGACUAAUUUAUUGAAACUCAAGCUCGAUCCUCGCAGAAGAAUGAGCGAGCAAAUUGGUAAGUUACUUUUUUUUUUAUUUUUCUGGUUCCUUGACAAAUGGUACUUGAUGGUCCUUCUCCACUACCCCAGGCAUUGA